CUAACAACUAUUGUUAAAGUGGUUUUAUAUUUUAUUGGCAGGGAUUAAACCAUUUAACAAAAGCAAAUAAAAAUGAAUGGUUAAAUGCACCAGUCAAGCUCCUCAUAUCACUAGUUAAGGAACUUCGGCCCCAAGUAGCCAAAUACAAAACUAAAAAAUAAGAAAAAAAUGUGGAUUUCCAUUUCGGAGAAGUUGUGUUCCCAAGGAUAUAUGUUUACCGCCCAGCAGGUAGAAUCAAAGUACUACACACUGGAAAGAGCUUAUAAAAAUAAUAGGCUCUAUAAUUCCAAAACUGGACGAAAUAGAGAGACAAUUCCUUUUCAAGAGGAAUUAGACGAUUUACUUUCAGAAAGAAAGGGAAUCAACCCAGAAUUUCGAUUGUGUGAAGAAGAAUCUGCUGGCGUUAAUGGUAUUCAAUCAGAAGAUUUGAAUAGCACAUCAACCACCACAACCGACGAAAGUUUACUUGAAAAACCCAGAGGUCGAAAGCGAAACUUCCAAAAGGAAAUAAUAGAAAAAAUUGAGGAUAUUGUCGAGUCCUCUAAAGCUUUUCAGAGCAAAACACUGGGAUUCUUCAACAACGAGAAGAGAGAGCAAAGCAACGGCAACAAAAUCAAGAAGAGAGAUUUAUUAGGGAAGAAGCACGAAAAAAGCGUAAAAUGGAAAUUUUGGAAACUGUAAUUGCCAAACACAAUUAAUUUCAUUUCGCGAACGAUUUUACCUUUAAGUACUUGUACCAUGGUAAGGGUUGGCAAUGUUUAAAACUCUUGUUUUUUAAAAGUGCUUAAAACCUUGUUUAAAAAUUGUCUAUAUCCAAACACGUUUUAAUACGAUAAGUGGCAUUAUGUUGCAAAUAAAACAUUUGAA